GGGGACACUGCGGCGGUGGCGCGGACACUGCCGGCCGGCCCCGGUGGCAGGCGCGGGGCGAGCGGGCGCAGCGCGGAGCUCGGGCUCAUGGUGCGCCCGUGUCCGUCGGUCGGGCCGCGCGGGCGGCUCCGCGCUUGGCCCGGCGCUCGCGAGCUCGCCCCCUCGCUGCGGACCCGGCCCGCCCGCUGCCGCCGCCUCCUCCCCCGGGGAGGCGCGGCGCCAGCGGGCGGCGGCGCGGAGGCCAGACCGGGCGGCGGCCCAGGCGGCGCUGGGGGCGCGGCGGCCAAGGCGGGAGGAGCCGGCGACAUGACGGACAACAUCCCGCUGCAGCCCGUGCGCCAGAAGAAGCGGAUGGACAGCAGGCCCCGCGCAGGGUGUUGUGAGUGGCUGCGAUGCUGUGGUGGAGGGGAGCCCAGACCCCGCACAGUCUGGCUGGGGCAUCCGGAGAAGAGAGACCAGAGGUACCCUCGAAAUGUCAUCAACAAUCAGAAGUACAACUUCUUCACCUUUCUUCCUGGGGUGCUGUUCAACCAGUUCAAAUACUUUUUCAACCUCUACUUCCUCUUACUCGCCUGUUCUCAGUUUGUCCCUGAGAUGAGACUUGGUGCACUCUAUACUUACUGGGUUCCCCUGGGCUUCGUGCUGGCCGUAACCAUCAUCCGGGAGGCGGUGGAGGAGAUUCGAUGCUAUGUGCGGGACAAGGAAGUCAACUCACAGGUCUACAGCCGGCUUACAGCAAGAGGGACAGUGAAGGUGAAGAGUUCCAAUAUCCAGGUGGGAGAUCUUAUUAUUGUUGAAAAGAACCAGCGGGUCCCUGCUGACAUGAUCUUCCUGAGGACAUCAGAAAAAAAUGGGUCUUGCUUCUUACGGACAGACCAGCUAGACGGGGAGACAGACUGGAAGCUUCGACUCCCUGUGGCCUGUACUCAGAGGCUUCCCACUGCUGCUGAUCUUCUUCAAAUUCGAUCAUAUGUCUAUGCUGAAGAACCAAAUAUUGACAUUCACAACUUCGUGGGAACUUUUACCAGAGAGGAUAGUGACCCUCCGAUCAGCGAGAGCUUGAGCAUAGAGAACGCACUCUGGGCCGGCACUGUCAUCGCGUCAGGCACUGUUGUGGGUGUUGUUCUUUACACUGGCAGAGAGCUCCGGAGUGUCAUGAAUACCUCAAAUCCCCGAAGUAAGAUUGGCCUGUUUGACCUGGAAGUGAACUGCCUCACCAAGAUCCUCUUUGGCGCUUUGGUAGUGGUGUCAUUGGUCAUGGUUGCCCUUCAACACUUUGCUGGUCGUUGGUACCUACAGAUCAUCCGCUUCCUCCUCUUGUUUUCCAAUAUCAUUCCCAUCAGUUUGCGUGUGAACCUGGACAUGGGCAAGAUUGUGUAUAGCUGGGUCAUACGAAGGGAUUCAAAAAUCCCUGGGACGGUGGUUCGUUCCAGCACCAUUCCAGAACAGCUGGGGAGGAUUUCUUAUGUUCUCACAGAUAAGACAGGAACUCUUACCCAGAAUGAGAUGGUUUUCAAGCGGCUCCAUCUGGGCACCGUGGCCUAUGGUCUUGAUUCAAUGGAUGAAGUACAAAGUCACAUAUUUAGCAUUUACACUCAGCAAUCUCAGGACCCACCUGCUCAGAAGGGUCCCACCCUGACCACCAAGGUGCGGCGCACCAUGAGCAGCCGUGUGCAUGAGGCUGUGAAGGCCAUCGCGCUCUGCCACAACGUGACUCCCGUAUACGAGUCCAAUGGUGUGACUGACCAGGCUGAGGCCGAGAAGCAGUACGAAGACUCCUGCCGCGUCUACCAGGCGUCUAGCCCCGAUGAGGUGGCUCUGGUACAGUGGACUGAAAGUGUGGGUUUAACACUUGUUGGCCGAGACCAGUCUUCCAUGCAGCUGAGGACCCCUGGCGACCAGAUCCUGAACUUCACCAUCCUGCAGAUUUUCCCCUUCACCUAUGAGAGCAAGCGCAUGGGCAUCAUUGUGAGGGAUGAAUCCACUGGAGAAAUUACAUUUUACAUGAAGGGAGCAGAUGUUGUCAUGGCUGGCAUCGUGCAGUACAAUGACUGGCUAGAGGAAGAGUGUGGAAACAUGGCCCGAGAGGGGCUACGGGUGCUCGUGGUGGCGAAGAAGUCUCUAGCGGAGGAGCAGUAUCAGGACUUUGAAGCCCGCUAUGUCCAGGCUAAGCUCAGUGUGCACGACCGCUCCCUCAAAGUGGCCACAGUGAUUGAGAGCCUAGAGAUGGAGAUGGAGCUGCUGUGCCUGACGGGGGUGGAAGACCAGCUCCAGGCAGACGUCAGGCCAACCCUGGAGACCCUGAGGAAUGCCGGCAUCAAGGUUUGGAUGCUGACGGGGGACAAGCUGGAGACGGCUACAUGCACAGCAAAGAAUGCACAUCUGGUGACCAGAAACCAAGACAUCCACAUUUUUCGACUGGUGACCAACCGCGGGGAAGCCCACCUCGAGCUGAAUGCCUUCCGCAGGAAGCAUGAUUGCGCCCUGGUCAUCUCUGGAGACUCCCUGGAGGUCUGCCUCAAGUACUACGAGUAUGAGUUCAUGGAGCUAGCCUGCCAGUGCCCAGCUGUGGUCUGCUGCCGCUGUGCCCCCACCCAGAAGGCCCAGAUCGUGCGCCUGCUGCAGGAGCGCACCGGGAAGCUCACCUGUGCAGUAGGCGAUGGUGGCAAUGAUGUCAGCAUGAUUCAGGAAUCAGACUGUGGCGUAGGUGUGGAGGGCAAGGAAGGAAAGCAGGCUUCUCUGGCUGCAGACUUCUCCAUCACUCAAUUUAAACAUCUUGGCCGGUUGCUCAUGGUCCAUGGUCGGAACAGCUACAAGCGGUCAGCAGCCCUCAGCCAGUUUGUGAUCCACAGGAGCCUCUGUAUUAGCACCAUGCAGGCUGUCUUUUCCUCUGUGUUUUACUUUGCCUCCGUUCCUCUCUAUCAAGGAUUCCUCAUCAUUGGGUACUCCACCAUCUACACCAUGUUUCCUGUAUUCUCCCUGGUCUUGGACAAAGAUGUCAAGUCAGAAGUGGCCAUGCUGUAUCCUGAGCUCUACAAGGACCUCCUCAAGGGGCGACCGUUGUCUUAUAAGACCUUCUUAAUAUGGGUUUUGAUUAGCAUCUAUCAAGGGAGCACCAUCAUGUAUGGGGCACUGCUGCUGUUCGAGUCGGAGUUUGUGCACAUCGUGGCUAUUUCCUUCACCUCGCUGAUCCUCACGGAGCUGCUGAUGGUGGCCCUGACCAUCCAGACCUGGCACUGGCUCAUGACAGUGGCCGAGCUGCUCAGUCUGGCCUGCUACAUCGCCUCGCUGGUGUUCUUACACGAAUUCAUUGAUGUGUACUUCAUCGCCACUCUGUCCUUCCUGUGGAAAGUCUCUGUGAUCACUCUGGUCAGCUGCCUCCCCCUCUACGUCCUCAAGUACCUAAGAAGACGGUUCUCUCCUCCCAGCUACUCGAAGCUCACAUCAUAGGCUGUGUGCUCAACAGAGGGGACCCCAUCUCUGUGCUUUCCUGAGGGACCGAGUUCAAGUUCCGUUGCUAGUCACCGCCACCUGUGGGUCUUGCAGUAAUUGCUAACACAUGCAGUUUUGACGUGCUGUGCGAACAAAUGAAGCCCUAACACUGAAUAAACAGGAGUGGGGGGGGGGCUCCCCAGAAGAGCCUGCGGGGGGGAGGCCUGUUCCAACCCCUACUGAUUUAUAAUUUGAGUGAAUGUGAAAAUGUUCAAACUGGUGUCUCAGCCAAGAGACUUCUGUAUGGAUAUAUGGGUCACUGUGCCACAAGCUUCCUUAUGACUUGAAUUUUGUCAUCAUGUGAUAAAAGUUUCAGUCUAGUUGAA